AUGACCUGGAAUGGGGAGCUUGAAGAAAUCAAGAGGGAAAUACACCUUGAGACAUAUAAUAAAGGCAUACCCGACGUGACAUUUAUCCCGUAUGACAAAAUUCAAAAGGUAUGGGCGGGCAAUCGUCUCGACCGGUUUCUAAGGGAUCCUUACUGUGACCCCGAUCAUGGCACCGAUCGGGCAAUCUCAGACUCGCAAAUUGAAGAAGCACGAGAUAGUCUGCUCCGAAUGAUCUCACUGUUGAUUGGCAUUUCUUGGUCCGGCUGGCCAAGCGAACGCCGCGACGAUAACAUCGAGAAUCUGAAAUACGAUGACCUCAAACACGAGUCGUUUCUUGGCGAUACCCCCUUCAUUGAACAGUUCCUGCAAUACAGAUGGACCUACAUCCCUAUGGCUGUGAUCUGUGAUGAGGAGCGCAGAUACAAACGUGAUGAAGAGCGCAAUUACAAACCAGAAACACGUUUACCGCUAGUGCGACAAGACUGCUCCCCCAGAAAUGGUGCAUUUGGAGAAGUAACGAAGGAAACAGUAUCACCUGGUCACAUUGUCUUGAAAAAUUCAAGUUAUCAUCUCGGCGUACGAGACCAAACAAAUUCGGUCAAACUCACGGUUGCUCGAAAGCGCUUCCCGACCAAAAACUUCCACGCCGAACGCCUACAGUUGGAAUUUCUCCAAUCCAGCUUGUCCUACCAUAAACGAAUUGUUUACCCCCUUGCAACUGUCAUGAUUGACACCGAUUUGAAUAUCAUCAUGCCAUGGGCGGAUAUGGAUUUGGAAGACUAUCUCCUUGGAGGAUACCAAUCCAUGAAAUUUGACGCUUCCUUGCUUGCAAGUCUCCUUAAAGAGUCUGGUGAGCUCGCAGGAGCCCUUAAAUUCCUGCAUGGUGGUCUACAGGCUAAAUGCGAGUGGCCUAAACUUCCACAGCAGGCCCUUUGUCACGCGGAUUUCAGACCUCGAAACAUCCUGGUCUUCAAAAAGGACGACUCGUCGACAGGAACGUGGGGAAUCACCGACUUUGGCGUAUCUCAGCAAUACAAUAGCAGUCUUUCGAGAGAUAUAUACGAAUCUGGCUUGUUCAGCACCAGGAAUUCAGUUCCUCCACCACGGGGCGGAAUGUACCAAGCACCCGAUCCACAUGCUUCACAAAAAAGCGAUAUUUGGUCUUUCGGGUGCAUCCUUACGCAGAUAUUUGGGCUAGGACUUGCACAUGCACAUCAUUUUCUACCUCGUGCUUUGGAAGAGCGACCAUUAGAGAGAAAAUUGACCUGGAAACCUUUCAACGUCCGUUUUUGUGGAGAAGGCCUUCCGGCUCUGAACCCGGAGGUAGAGAAAUGGAUUGAGGAGCUGCCAGACCUAUAUUGCGGAUCAUUCCACAACUUGUUCCUGACCGAGAUGAAGAGUCUCCUUAGUUCGAUGCUUCAGAUAAACAGCGAAUCGCGACCCUCGGCAACUAAAGUUCGGCGCCACUUGCACAGUCUUUAUAGGAUGGCAACCGGGGACGGAUUGCCAUUCACCGAUCCAGGCUCUACCACGCCAUUGCCUAUUAGCACGCCCCCUCGGUCGAGUAUCUCGAGUGACCCCGAUUUAAGAACUCCUGGCCCACCAAUAGAUCGAUUGAGUAUCGGUUUACUUGUGGUAAUCAUCGAGUCCGGAGACGUCAAAAGUGUGAAAGAAUGUCUGAAAAGCAAACCUGAUGUCGAAGAACACCAUGAAAAUGACCGACCUUUGAUUCACGCUAUCAAAAUAAAAGGGGAAAGCGCUCCUAUUGUCAGUGCGCUUUUGCAGUACAAAUCAGAUUUGGAUGUGGAAACUCCCUCAUUCGCAAAAGAGACUCCCUUACAUCUUGCUAUUUCAAAAGGUGAUGUGGAUUUAGUGAGACUCUUGAUUGGUGCCCUGGUCAGGAACAACUCCGAGUCUGGGCUAAAUGAGCUUUCUACAAAGGGGAAAACACCACUCAUGGAAGCAGCUUAUCGAGGUCAUGUCGCUGUGGUUUCGGCGCUCUUGGAUGCUGGUGCGGAUACCAAAAUCUGCACGGGAGAUGACAAACAUAACUGCCUGCAUUAUGCAGUCGAUAAUAUUGCCUCCGAAGAAGAUCUUAUCAGGGCAUUUUUGGGUAGAAAUAUGGAUUUCAACCUGUCUCCGAGUGGUAUAACGGGAUAUGAGACACCUAUAAUGCGACACAUAUGGAACGGGGUGCAUGGGAAAUAUGGAAUCCCGAAGGCCAAUGCCCGAUGGAAAAGAAAAUUCGAUGCGCUCCUCGACGGAGGGGGGAAUGUUAACAUGCCAUACCCACGAAGAAGCCCAUUGGAAAUUGCCAUUAAAGAAAACAAAGUUGAUAUCGUCGAGGAGUUGAUGAUGGCUGGUGCAGAACUUCCUCGUGGAGAGAUUAAGGCCACACAUGAAAUGAAAAGGUUGAUUAAAAGGCUGACGAGAACAAUAGCGUCAAAUCCGAGUCGGUGA